AACAUACUAGUUACAGCAUCAGCGCGCCUCUUGAAAGUCAGCUUGCCAGUAACAGCAGCGCGUCCCCUGAACGAUAACGAAGAGGUAAUUUUAGGUGAGAAGCCUGACCACGAAGACCGGGGUGAGAAGGUGAUGAAGUGUACUUCAUGAGCUGUAACCGAAAAACUACUGGCUUUUGGAUAGUUUGAGGGAGUGAGUGGAAAAUAUGUGCAAACGCCCCCGAAGAGAGGCACACUGAUAUUCUCUCAUUCUGUUAUUUAGUCUACCCAAGGAGAGCACCACACGACUCUGAAGAACACACAAGGCAGCCAUUUCUGGGAAAAUGCAGGGCCAGAGAGAGAAGACAUUCAUAUUGAUCCUCGUUGCUGCGCUCUCUCACAGGGUGACUCAGGCAAAGGUAAUGGACAUGGUUCCCAAUGCCGUGGAUGACCAGUACACUCACUGUCGGGAGCAGAUGUUGAAGAAGGUUGUGGAAGGGGGUCUGCUGGAAGAAGAACUGAAAGACAGUACAAAGUAUAGGGAUGCCUGGGGGACAAAGCAGUGUACAAAGUUAAUCCCGGGAGGCGUCAAGGAACACACGGAUGCAUUGGUGGCUUAUGGACAUGGGGGAAAUGUGUUCAGAAAGAUGUUCAACGAAGCAGUGGAGACUCAGGGUGGGAAUGUCACUGUGUAUAACGGCAACUUCCGGUUCAAAUCCCUCCACUUCCUUCUAAUGGAUGCCAUGAGGCUUUUGAAGACAGAGAACUGCCAGACUGUGUUUCGUGGCUCAAGCAAAGGGUAUGAGGCACAAGUAGGGUCAGAAGUGCGAUUUGGGAGGUUUACCUCAACCAAGGCCAAGCGUUCCGAUGCGGAGGAAUCUGCUUCAGACAAUGGGAUCCUUUUCAACAUUACUUCUUGCACUGUAGUCAACGUGGAUGAUUACACUUGCUUCUCAGACAGCAUUGAUCAGCUGAUCUCCCCAGCAGAGGUGUUUAGGGUGGCUGAGGUAAAGAAUGUAAAAAAUGUAGAUCACGAGUACAAAGAGAUCGUUUUGACAAGUUCAAGGACCCACAGCAUUGACAGCAUCCGCGACUGUUACCUCUUCCCCAGAUCUCCUACAACUACGAGUCCUCCAUCAAUCACCCCCAAAGGCUCCUCUACUCAAUGGCUUGGCAGUAGCCUGUCUGUUCUUGUGGUUGUAUCUCUCUGUAUCUCCCUGAUCACCAGGACUGAUCAUCUCUGAUAAACUAAAGUGUUGAACGCUAAUAGAUGCGGUAAAGAAGUCAAUGGAACGCAGACCGUGGGGGAUAGAAGGACGCACAUUCAACCAAUCUGAUCUAACAAAAUAGAUAUUUGUCAAAUUGUAAUUUUUGAUGUAUUGUAACAUGCCCAUAAUGUUCUUACUAAAGUUUGAUUUGGAUAUCUGUCUGUUUUCACGGCACAACAUUUAGAAGUAGUCCCUUUUCAGGUUUAGUAGAAGUGACUGCUAAAGGCUAACUCCCAUUUGUAUUGACUGGUAGCAUAGUUAGCAUUGACUGUAAUGCAGUUUAACUGUAGUUUCCUGGUGAUGAUGACAUCAACAUGUAUUCAGGUUGACAUCAAUACCAACAUUACUCUGAUUUUUACCUCAACAUAGUGUGAAACACACAUAAACAAUAGCCUAAAUGUAGGCUAAUUUUGCUGGUGGCCAUUGAGGAGAUACUGGAUCUUUCCCCCAUGCGAUGCGUUUCCAUGGCAUUUCCAUUGUUUUGGUUGAGAUCCAAUGACCUCUUGACUGCAUCUAUUGAAAAGGACAAACAGACACACACAAUUGCAUGUAUGUAAUAUCAGUUUACACAGACACAUAGAUAUUCAUCAAAUGUGACAAAUCGCAAACCUGUCAAAUCCCUCUUAGCAUAAUGAUAUUCUCUUGAAAAAUGUAUUUCUUUGCAUUUGAUUGUUUUUGUGAAAAAAAUAUCAUGGUGAAUAGAUAAUAUUAGAUAAGAUGUUUUAAACAAUAUGUUAUGCAUUUAGCAAAUAUUUUGGUAUCACAACAAUUGACUGGGUGGUGUCCAGUUUUCAUAGAUGUAAUUUAAUUUUCCUCUUGUUUUGUUAUCGAAUAAAGAAACAAGUUGAGCAUUUUUUAGUAUUGGAUAGGACACCUUUUGCAUCUACGCAUUGGGGUGGGAAGGAGCGAUAGAUUUAUUAAAUGUAUUAGAUAAUUAAUAGUAGUAAGCUUCUCCAGCUGGAAACGACUUUACAUUCAUUGGGGUGAUACGCAUGUACAUUCAAUUAAUGAUGUAAGGCUCAUAACCUGACAGUCCAGACAGACAGUAUGUAUGACCUCGUAAUACUUAGGUUGUGUAAUAUGUGUGAUGGGAAAUGACUGUCAUACCUAUGAGGGAUGUGGACAGAGAGUGCCCUUUCUCCAAGCUCAAGCCAUGCUCAAAAUCACAGUAGCACUAGCCUUUAGGUCUUAGUUACAAGGUGUUUGCACUGACUCAAUCACAGCUACAGCCACACAUGUUUUGGCUAAUAUUUCAUCCUUAUCCUGGAACCUGCAUGUUGUGCAGGCUUUUGUUCCAGCCCAGCACCAGCUCACUGGAUACAACUAAUCAACCGACCAUAAAGCCCUUGAUUAGUUGAAUCAGAUGUUUUAGUACUGGACUGGAACUAAAACCUGCACACACUGUGUGACCUGGACCAGAAUUGAAGAACAAUUCAUUUGAGUCUUGCCUCAUUGAAACACAAGGGGGUUUCUGCAAAGAAGAGUUGAGGUCAAGCCUGCCUUACAACUGUGGUGCAAAUAUCAAUACACACAGGUCCUGGUAUAACUGAGGUAACUUACACUGUUCUAAGAAGUUUCAUUAGUUGUUACCUUAUUUCUUAUUCUUACUCGUAUAUAUAAAUAUAUAUAUAUUUUUAACUGCAUUGUUGGUUAGGGGCUCAUAAGUAAGCAUUUCACUGUAAGGUCUACUACACCUGUUGUAUUUGGCGUAUGUGACUAAUAAAAUUAGAUGUGAUUUGAA